UUGACAAUGUCCAUGAUGGUGUACCCGAGGAGGCAAGAGAAGCUGGAGAAACUGUCCCAGGAAGAGAUCAUCUCCAACACCAAGCUGGUAAUCCAGGGCCUGGAGGCGCUGAAGAAUGAGCACAACUCAUUCCUGCACAGCCUGCUGGAGACCAUCAAGUGCCUGAAGAAAGAUGAGGAGGCCAACCUGGUGCAAGAGAAGUCCAGCCUGCUGCGCAAGUCUGUGGAGAUGAUUGAGCUGGGCCUGGGAGAAGCACAGGUGAUGAUGGCCCUGUCUAACCAUCUGAACGCGGCGGAGUCUGAGAAGCAGAAGUUGCGAACCCAGGUGCGUCGGCUAUGCCAGGAGAACCAGUGGCUCAGGGACGAGCUGGCCAACACCCAGCAGAAACUGCAGAAGUGCGAGCAAAGCGUGGCUCAGCUGGAGGAGGAGAAGAAGCACCUGGAGUUCAUGAACCAGCUCAAGAAGUACGACAAGUACACCGUAAGUGAGGAGAAGGAUGGCGAGCCCCCCAAGGACUCUCUGGAUGAUCUCUUACCCAACGAUUUUGAGGAGCAAGGCCAAGGCAGUGAGCUCGCUCAUUCCACCCACACUGCCACUCAGCCAAGCAGACGGCACAGUAUGACUUGGCAGUGUGCAUGUAUGCUGAGAUCAUAUUGGACUAUCUCUCUCUCCAGGGAUCAGAAGAAAUACAAAGAGGCUGCCCAUCUGCUCAACGACGCGCUGUCCAUCCGGGAGAAGGCUCUCGGCAAAGACCACCGCGCUGUUGCCGCCACCCUCAACAAUCUUGCCGUGCUCUAUGGGAAGAGGGGCAAGUACAAGGAGGCCGAACCAUUGUGCCAGAGAGCCCUGGAGAUAAGAGAAAAGCAAUUACAAGGAAUAAUUGAGAUCACAUUAAGCAAAAGUGAUAACGGCGAGAGUGCGCUGCUGUCCGUCUACUAUCCCCAGAUCUUCCUCAUCCUCACCAGCGGUAGCUACCUGGCACUGUCCUCGGUGGUAGCGUUGGGUGCUAACAUCAUUUGCAACAAGAUCCCUGGACUGUCCCCAAGGCAGCGCACCCUCUGCCAGAGCCGCCCGGACGCCAUCAUCGUCAUCGGCGAGGGUGCACAGCUGGGCAUCAACGAAUGCCAGUACCAGUUCCGCUAUGGCCGCUGGAACUGCUCCGCCCUGGGCGAGAGGACCGUCUUUGGACAAGAGCUGAGAGUAGGUAGCCGAGAGGCGGCAUUCACCUAUGCCAUCACGGCGGCUGGCGUGGCCCAUUCGGUGACAGCAGCGUGUAGUCAGGGCAACCUGAGCCAGUGUGGCUGCGACUGGGAGAAGCAGGGCUACCAUGACCAGGAGGAGGGCUGGAAGUGGGGAGGCUGCUCGGCCAACAUCAAGUACGGCGUGGAGUUCUCCAGACGCUUCGUGGAUGCCCGAGAGAUCAAGAAGAACGCCCGACGUCUGAUGAACCUGCAUAAUAAUGAGGCAGGACGAAAGAUCCUGGAGGAGCAUAUGACACUGGAGUGUAAGUGUCACGGCGUGUCGGGCUCCUGCACCACCAAGACCUGCUGGACCACCCUACCCAAGUUCCGGGAGAUCGGCUACGUCCUGAAAGAGCGCUACGGCGAGGCGGUCCAAGUCGAACCGGUCCGGGCCUCGCGUCUCCGUCAACCCUCCUUCCUGCGUCUGAAGGAGUCGCGGGGGUACCAGAAACCCACGGACACAGAUCUGGUCUACCUGGAGAGGUCUCCUAACUACUGCGAGGAGGACACGGCAACAGGGAGUACAGGGACGCGGGGGAGGCUGUGUAACCACACGUCACCCCAUACCGACGGCUGCAAUCUGAUGUGUUGUGGUAGAGGCCACAACACCCACCAGUACACCCGCGUGUGGCAGUGCAACUGCAAGUUCCAGUGGUGCUGUUUUGUGAAGUGUAACACGUGCAGUGAGAGGUCUGAGGUGUUCACCUGCAAAUAAAGGAUGGAUAGAUGGAUGGAGGAGGGGGACGGAGGGAGCUGGGAAAAGGGACAAGGGACAGGGCAAGGCCAUGAGAGAGGAUACAAGGAAAGGAAAAAAGGAUAUUAGGAUGUGGACUUAGUGGGGAAGUACUCUUCAGGAUGUACUCUACAGUGGACUUUGAAAUUGUUAGAUUCUUCAUGGCUUCAUUUUGCACAUUGGACAUCCUAUUUCAUUUUAAAGACAAAAGAUUAAAUUAACUAAAAUGACUUUGAGAGAAAGUACUUUGAGAAGUAGGCAAAUAAUGUUUUUUUCUCAUGCGCUGACUGGAAAACUGUGAUGCAGAUAUACUAUGUGUUGAAGGAUAUUGAUGAAGUGAAAGGAUUGUUGUUGUUAAUUUUUCUGUCUCCAACCAAGCAAAUCUGUUAUUGGAAACAUUGUGGACCCAAACUUUAUCAAGUGCAGUUUUCACCUCCUCGGUAACACUGCUCAAAAAAGCUCAAUAAUCUCUUGACAUCUGAAAUGGGGGAGAAUAAAAACUGACCAACUGACAACAAAAAAACAACCUCAAACUGGAAACGGUACAUCAGCAAAAUGCCUUUUGACGGCGAUGCGAGACGGACAGAGAGAGAGGAGCAUGGUUUCAAUAGGCUGACGUUGAAAUGGUGGCGUACCUUAACUAUCCAAUCACACUGUAAUUACAGUGCCUUCAGAAACUAUUCACACCCCUUGACUUUUUCCACAAUGUUGUUGAUCCAUCCUCAGUGUU